AUGUCCGAGAAUCAUAAAGAUUUCCAGAUCGCCAUUAUCGGCGACGGUAUUGCAGGAAUCGUCCUCGCGAUCUCGCUUCUCAAAAGGAACAUCCCCUGCAAAAUCUACGAGAGAGCGCAUGCCUUGAGCGACAUCGGUGCCGGCCUAGGAAUAAGCCCGAAUGCACAAGACGCCAUGGCUACUUGUGAUCCAAGCGUACAUGAAGCUUUCAGAAAAGUCGCCAAUGGCAAUACGUGGGAGUCUAAGAAAAACUUCUUAUUUGAGUUUCUUGACGGCAUGGACGGGACCGCUACUGACUCCUCUCUGUCCCAUAUCGAGAAUCGUACGGGAUUACAAGGCUGCCACAGAGGAGCCUUUGUAAAUGAACUUAUCAAGCUCUUACCCGGUGACGUGGUCCAGUUCAAUAAACAACUUCAGACAGCGGAGGAAGAUAGCAGUGGUGGAAUCCGCCUUGUCUUCCAAGACGGGUCGAUUGAAGAGGCGGAUGCUGUUGUUGUUGGCUGUGACGGCAUCAGGUCCAAGGUUCGCGAAAUUCUAUUUGGAGUAGAUCACCCAUCGUCUAAGUGUCCUUACACACAUAAAUACGCCUACAGAGGAAUGAUUCCUAUGAAACAAGCAGUUGAGGUGCUGGGGGAAGAGAGAGCUCUCAAUGCCACCAUGUGGCUGGGGAAGGACAAGAAUUUGUUGAGCUAUCCAGUCGCUCACGGGACGAUAUUGAAUGUUGUGGCAUAUUGUUCAAGCUCCGACGACUGGCCAAGUGAAUGCCAGCUGGUUCUUCCGGCCACCAAAGAGGAUCUUCUCCAUGAUUUCGAAGGCUUCCGACCGUCUGUGUUAAAGAUCCUCGACAAUACUGAGAGGCUUGACCGCUGGGCCAUCUUCGAUCUAGGCGACAAUCCAGUUCCGACUUUUGUCAAAGGCCGAGUAUGUAUCAUUGGAGACGCAGCACAUGCUUCAUCGCCACAUCAUGGCGCAGGAGCAGGAUUAUGUACCAAACAUGCUGCUGUGUUGGCAUCUAUACUGGCGCAUGACAGAGUCCAAGUUGGUGCCGAUAUCGAAGCUGCAUUUUCUGCCUUUGAUAGGUGUAGACGGGAAAGAGCCCAAUGGGUUGUUCAAAAGUCUAGACGAGCUGGUCAACUAUUUGAAGGUCAAAGUGAGCUUGGUAGUGAUUUUAACGGGAUAUUUAAGAAGUUGAAGGAGACGCUACCCACGAUCUGGGAUUACGAUAUUGACGAAGUUAUAAAGACAGCCCUCAAUAACCUACACAAAACUUAA